AUCAGUUGCUUCUGGUAUUACUAAUGGAAAACCAUCCAGCAAUGGAGCCACCACAUCUGUUGAGGAAAGGUAAAUCGAAGCUUCAGGGGCAACAGUUGAUCCUAGGACAUCUGAUGCCAGCAAUUCUAAAGGCAAUUCUCAGCUUGGAUCACAAAAAUCUGCUGAAAGGAACGGUAUCCCUUAUCUGGAGAGAAAAAAACAGGUCAUAUUGAUGGAUCAUCAACACCUGGAAGCUAAUGAUUUAACUCAGGGUGCUCUUCAUUCAAUGGUUUCGCCAGAUUCAUGCGACAUGUUAAUAUGACUUGGGUUGUGCUGUUGCUCGGUGGAGAAGAUCGUUAAGUAUCUCCUGGCAUGCAUGCCACUGCCGUCGACAUUCUUUCUUGAUGGCCGUGAGCAGGUUUGCUUCCAUGGAUCAGUUCGGUUAGGCAAAUCUUGUUGCAAUGCAGAGUUCUAGGCCUAUUACCUAAGAGUCAAAAUACCCAGGAUUGUGACGUGGAACAGUGCUCCAAUAUGAGUAGUGACCAAAGCAGAUUAAAUUGAAUUGUGAACUCUUUUACCAAGUGAACAAAGGCUGUAGUGAUUCAUAUAGGCAGGUCCAUCCAAAUGUCCCAUGUUUGCUGUUUACUCCAAUCUGCCCGCACUCAUUGUCAUUUAGACUUGUCAUCCUUCCUGAUUUCUGCACGACUUGAAUUGAAGAGGAUUUAUCAAAAGCUAUUAAUUUGGUGCAAACGCGAAGAAAUCUGGUUGAGAAUGAUCGUGUUUUGCUAAACCCUGCACAUCGUGCUCAACAGGAAUAUGAAAGGGUGGCCAGCUGCUGUCUUAGUGGUGAACAAGAAAAGAUGGUAUCAGAACGGUGUUUGUCAGAACUGAGAAAUGCAGUUCAAGAGGCUCAGAUGUUUUGAGGAUUGCCAACCUGUUAGGGGUUUGGUUGAUGAAUGGCAUGAACAACCAGCAGCAAUAGGCGUUGACUGGGUGACAAUAGACGGGCAAAUCGUUGGUGCCUGGAUCAACCUCGUAUAGCAACUUCACAAUGGACAUAUUCGGGCGAACGCUUUGCCAUGUCCACGGCAGGCGAUGACUAGCUAGGGCAGCUAGUUACGAUCUACAAAGUAAUUGAUUUCUUGUGUGAGGCCUUGUUUAGAUCUCAAACGUCACAUCAAAUGUUUGGACACAUGUAUGGAGCAUUAAAUGUGGGGGAAAAAAACAAUUACACAGUUUGCAUGUAAAUUGCGAGACGAAUCUUUUGAGCAUAAUUACGCCAUGAUUUGACAAUAUUAUGCUACAGUAAAUAUUUGCCAACGACAGACUAAUUAUGCUUAAUAAAUUCAUCUCACAGUUUACAUGCGGAAUCUGUAAUUUGUUUUGUUAUUAGUCUAUGUUUAAUACUUCAAAUGUGUGUUUGUAUUCUUCAACAACUUUACACCCAAAGAACUAAAUACACCCUCAACACUAAUAAUACAUCUCAGAUCUCACCAACAGAAAUAGAAGAAUUUCAACAUGAAAAGAGGAUAGGCUGAAACCUUAAGAAAUCUGAGCUCCUAUCUGAACCGUGAAAUGUGAACUGAUAGGCUUGAAAUUUGAAUGAACUGAUAAGCUUGAAAUUUGAAUCAAAUUUUAAACUGAAACGGUAGCUUAAACUGCAGUGCUUCGCUUAUUAAUUCUUUUCCUAUCAUAUGAUUCAUUGUUAAAUAUACUUUUAUGUAUACAUAUAAUUUUAAAUAUUUCAUAAAAGUUUUUGAACAAGACGAACGGUCAAACAUGUUUAAAAAAGUAAACGGAAUAUAUCAAACGCGCCCAGCGCCCCCAGCGCCUUCUCCUGGCAUGGCGCGUCCGCAUCACACCGGCAUCCACCUCGUCUCCCACCUCCGAGCGUCCGCGCCGCUCGCCGACCUCCUCCGCUCGGCUCCCGGCCUCCGCGCCGCCCGCGCCGCGCACGCGCGCGCCCUCAGGUCCCCCUUCGCCGGCGAGACCUUCCUCCUCAACACCCUCCUCUCCGCGUACGCGCGGCUGGGCUCCCUCCACGACGCCCGCAGGGUGUUCGACGGGAUGCCCCACCGCAACACCUUCUCCUACAACGCGCUCCUCUCCGCGUGCGCGCGCCUGGGCCGCGCCGACGACGCCCUCGCGCUCUUCGGCGCCAUCCCGGACCCCGACCAGUGCUCCUACAACGCGGUCGUCGCGGCGCUCGCGCAGCACGGCCGCGGCGGCGACGCGCUCCGCUUCCUGGCCGCCAUGCACGCCGACGACUUCGUGCUCAACGCCUACUCCUUCGCCAGCGCGCUGAGCGCCUGCGCCUCGGAGAAGGCUUCGAGGACCGGGGAGCAGGUGCACGCCCUUGUCACCAAGUCGUCUCACGGGAGCGAUGUGUACAUCGGUACCGCGCUUGUGGACAUGUACGCGAAGUGUGAGCGGCCGGAGGAGGCACAGAAGGUGUUCGAUGCAAUGCCGGAGCGGAAUAUUGUUUCCUGGAACAGCCUGAUCACUUGCUAUGAGCAGAAUGGCCCUGUCGAUGAGGCCCUCGCGCUCUUCGUCAGGAUGAUGAAAGAUGGUUUUGUGCCUGAUGAGGUGACACUUGCAAGCGUCAUGAGCGCAUGUGCAGGCCUUGCUGCGGGUAGAGAAGGCCGCCAGGUCCAUACCCGCAUGGUGAAGUCUGAUAGGUUUAGGGAGGACAUGGUGUUGAACAAUGCUCUCGUGGACAUGUAUGCCAAGUGUGGGAGGACUUGGGAGGCGAAGUGUGUAUUUGAUCGCAUGGCUAUCAGGAGUGUUGUCUCAGAAACGUCAAUGAUAACUGGGUAUGCAAAGUCUGCAAAUGUGGGAGAUGCUCAGGCCGUGUUCUUGCAGAUGGUGGAGAAGAAUGUCGUUGCUUGGAAUGUGCUCAUUGCAACAUAUGCACAUAAUAGUGAGGAAGAAGAAGCGCUUAGGCUCUUUGUCAGGCUGAAAAGAGAGUCAGUUUGGCCAACACAUUACACGUAUGGAAAUGUUCUGAAUGCGUGUGCCAAUCUUGCUAACCUUCAGCUUGGUCAGCAAGCUCAUGUACAUGUCCUGAAAGAAGGCUUCCGCUUUGACUCUGGACCAGAAUCUGAUGUCUUUGUUGGGAACUCCCUUGUGGACAUGUACCUGAAGACAGGGUCCAUCAGUGAUGGUGCGAAGGUGUUCGAGAGGAUGGCAGCCAGAGAUAAUGUAUCAUGGAAUGCAAUGAUUGUUGGUUACGCACAGAAUGGCCGUGCAAAAGAUGCGCUUCUUCUUUUUGAGAGAAUGCUUUGCAGCAACGAACGCCCAGAUUCUGUCACCAUGAUUGGGGUUUUAUCUGCCUGUGGCCAUUCUGGAUUGGUCAAGGAGGGUCGGAGAUACUUUCAGUCCAUGACUGAGGAUCAUGGGAUAAUUCCAACCCGAGAUCACUACACUUGCAUGAUUGAUUUGCUUGGUCGUGCCGGUCAUCUGAAAGAAGUUGAGGAGCUCAUAGAGAACAUGCCAAUGGAACCUGAUGCUGUGCUCUGGGCUUCUCUAUUAGGUGCUUGCAGGCUGCAUAAGAACAUUGACAUGGGGGAAUGGGCAGCCGGGAAAUUAUUUGAGCUUGAUCCUGAUAACUCUGGACCCUAUGUUCUUCUCUCAAAUAUGUACGCUGAGCUUGGGAAAUGGGCAGAUGUUUUUAGAGUGAGGAGAUCCAUGAAGCACAGAGGCGUUAGCAAGCAACCUGGCUGUAGUUGGAUUGAGAUAGGCAGGAAAGUAAAUGUGUUUCUCGCGAGAGAUAAUAUCCAUCCAUGCAGGAAUGAGAUACAUGAUACCUUGAGAAUCAUUCAGAUGCAGAUGAGCAGGAUGAGUAUAGAUGCUGAAAUUGCAGAUGACCUGAUGAACUUCUCCUCUGAAGCAUGUGGCUAGAGCUCGAAUGUAGUACAUUUUGCAAUUUAAAAUCAUGGAA